AUGACACCCAAAGGACUUGCCUUUGGUCUGCUGCUUUUGCUACUCGUCGUGAAUUAUCACGUUCAGGCGGCACAAGCAGCCGUUGCAUGUGGCACUGGCGCUGUGUGCACUUGCUCGGGAACUACUGUCAACUGCGAUAGCCGAUAUCUCACGACCAUUCCAACCGGAAUCCCAGCGACCACAACCAUCCUGUAUCUCAGCAGCAAUCAGAUCACCAGCAUUUCCUCAAGCGCAUUCACAGGCCUGACUGCGCUGACUUACCUGCAGCUGAACAACAACUGGUUGAGCGCUAUUCCCUCCUCUGCAUUCACAGGCCUGACUGCGCUGACACAAUUGCAACUGUAUAACAACCAGAUCACCACCGUUCCCUCUUCUGCAUUCACCGGCCUGACUGCGCUGCAAACCUUGUAUCUGUACAACAACCAAAUCGCCACCGUUGCUAUAAACGCAUUUUCAGGCCUUACCGCGCUGGUCCAAUUGUAUCUGUACAACAAUCAGAUCACUAGUAUCUCGGCAAACGCAUUUUCAGGUCUUUCUAAGCUGAAUACCUUGCAGCUGAACAACAACUGGUUGAGCGCUAUUCCCUCCUCUGCAUUCACAGGCCUGACUGCGCUGACACAAUUGCUACUGUAUAACAACCAGAUCACCACCGUUCCCUCUUCUGCAUUCACCGGCCUGACUGCGCUGCAAACCUUGUAUCUGUACAACAACCAAAUCGCCACUGUUGCUAUAAACGCAUUUUCAGGCCUUACCGCGCUGGUCCAAUUGCGUCUGGACACCAACCAGAUCACCACCGUUCCUGCUAACGCAUUCUCAGGCCUUUCUAAGCUGAAUACCUUGCACCUGUACAACAACUGGUUGAGCGCUAUUCCCUCCUCUGCAUUCACAGGCCUGACUGCGCUGACACAAUUGCGUCUGGACACCAACCAGAUCACCACCGUUCCCUCUUCUGCAUUCACCGGCCUGACUGCGCUGCAAACCUUGUAUCUGUACAACAACCAGAUCAUCACCGUUGCUACAAACGCAUUCUCAGGCCUGGCUGCGCUGCAAGUCUUGCGUCUGGACACGAACCAGAUCACCACCGUUCCUGCUAACGCAUUCUCAGGCCUUUCUGCGCUGAAUACCUUGCAGCUGAGCAACAACUGGUUGAGCGCCAUCCCCUCUUCGGCAUUCACAGGCCUGACUGCGCUGACACAAUUGCAACUGUAUAACAACCAGAUCACCACCGUUCCCUCUUCUGCAUUCACCGGCCUGACUGCGCUGCAAACCUUGUAUCUGUACAACAACCAAAUCGCCACCGUUGCUAUAAACGCAUUUUCAGGCCUUACCGCGCUGGUCCAAUUGUAUCUGUACAACAAUCAGAUCACUAGUAUCUCGGCAAACGCAUUUUCAGGUCUUUCUAAGCUGAAUACCUUGCAGCUGAACAACAACUGGUUGAGCGCUAUUCCCUCCUCUGCAUUCACAGGCCUGACUGCGCUGACACAAUUGCUACUGUAUAACAACCAGAUCACCACCGUUCCCUCUUCUGCAUUCACCGGCCUGACUGCGCUGCAAUUCUUGUAUCUGUACAACAACCAAAUCGCCACUGUUGCUAUAAACGCAUUUUCAGGCCUUACCGCGCUGGUCCAAUUGCGUCUGGACACCAACCAGAUCACCACCGUUCCUGCUAACGCAUUCUCAGGCCUUUCUAAGCUGAAUACCUUGCACCUGUACAACAACUGGUUGAGCGCUAUUCCCUCCUCUGCAUUCACAGGCCUGACUGCGCUGACACAAUUGCGUCUGGACACCAACCAGAUCACCACCGUUCCUGCUAACGCAUUCUCGGGCCUGACUGCGCUGCUUUACUUGUAUCUGUACAACAACCAGAUCACCACCGUUCCUGCUAACGCAUUUUCAGGCCUUACCGCGCUGGUCCAAUUGCAACUGUACGGCAACCAGAUCACCACCAUUCCUUCCUCUGCACUCACAGGCCUGAGCGCGUUGACGCAAUUGCUUCUUUACAACAAUCGGAUUACCAGCGUUCCUGCAAACGGAUUUUCUGGCCUUACGGCGCUGACGGACCUACGUCUGUUCAACAAUACGAUCACCAGCAUUCUUGCAAACGCAUUCACAGGCCUUACCAAGCUGACUUACCUGGAUCUAUCCCUCAACCAGCUCACCAGCAUUCCAGCAGGCGCAUUCUCAGGCCUGACUGCACUGACGCAAUUGCUACUGUACAACAACUGGUUGAGCGCCGUUCCUUCUUCGGCGUUCACAGGCCUUACUGCGUUGCUUUAUCUGUAUCUGUACAACAACCAGAUCACCACCGUUGCUGCAAAUGCAUUCACAGGCCUCACCGCGCUGGUCCAAUUGCAGCUGUAUGGCAACCAGAUCACCACUAUUUCUGCAAGCGCAUUUGCAGGCAUGAGUUCGCUGGUACAAUUGUAUCUAUACAGCAACCGGAUCACCGCCAUUUUCGUAAACGCAUUCACAGGCCUUACUCAUCUGAGUCUCUUGGAUAUUUCCAACAAUCAGAUCACCAGUCUUCCUGCAAAUGCAUUUACAGGCCUGACUGCGAUGACACAAUUAAGUCUCUACAACAACUCGCUCAGCGCCGUUCCCUCGUCUGCAUUCACAGGGCUUACAGCGCUACAGGCCUUGUGGCUGUACAACAACCAGAUCACCUCCGUUGUUGUCAAUGCAUUCACAAGUCUCACCGCGCUGGUCCAAUUGCAGCUGUACGGCAACCAGAUCACCACCAUACCUGCAAGCGCAUUUUCGGGCCUUUCUAAACUGAGUCUCUUGCAGCUGAACAACAACUGGUUGAGCGCCAUUCCCUCUUCGGCAUUCACAGGCCUGACUGCGCUGACACAGUUGCAACUGUAUAACAACCAGAUCACCACCGUUCCCUCUUCUGCAUUCACAGGCCUGACUGCGCUGACACAAUUGUCUCUGUACGGCAACCAGAUUACCACCAUUUCUGCAAGCGCAUUUGCAGGGUUGACUGCGCUGCAAGCCUUGUAUCUGAACAACAACACGAUUACAACCAUUGCCGCAAAUGCAUUUGCUGGCCUUACCGCGUUAAAUUGGCUGGAUUUGUCCGGCAGCCAGAUCACCAGCAUUCCCGCAAAUGUAUUCUCAAGCCUUCCUGCACUAGCGCAAUUGAAUCUGUACAACAACUGGUUGAGCGCCGUUCCCACUUCUGCCUUCACAGGCCUGACUGCGCUGACACAAUUGACUAUGUACGGCAAUCGAAUCACCACCAUAUCCGCCAACGCAUUCACAGGCCUUAACGCGCUGGUACAAUUAUUUUUGCAGAGCAAUCAGAUCACAACCAUUUCAGCAUCCGCAUUCACGGGCCUGAGUUUGUUGACGCAAUUGUAUCUGUCCAACAACCAGAUCACCACCAUAUCUGCAAACGCAUUUACAGGUCUCACUUUGCUGACUACUUUGACGUUGAAUGACAAUCCUGCCACCACUUUGCCGCCUGGUCUGUUCAAGGGCUUGCAGAAUGGCAUGGUUUUGUCGCUGCCUUCUUCGCAAUCUCUGAGCCCCAACAAUUUUACAUUUGGUGGAAACACUGUCGCUCCGCCGAGCACAUACGGGAAUGCGUCCUAUCCUUACCACAGUGAAAUUGCAGCGUGCGAUACAGCUUGUGCCACCUGCUAUGCCGCUGGGUCUGGCGCGUGUUGCGCGACCAAUUGCCUGACCUGCACUUCGUCCGCUGUCUGCACUCAGUGCUAUAACGGUUAUGGUAUGAUGAGCGGAUCCUGUGUCCCAUUGGCUGUCAUCGCCUCGGCCGCUUCCGCCGCGUCUACGCAAUUCGCCUCGGUUGCCUCGGUUGCAUCGAUCGCCUCUGCCUCAGUCACUUCUGCUGCGUCAGCUGCUAUCAAAGCAUCGAUCGCCUCCGUCGAUUCGGUCUCAUCCGCGCAAUUGGCCUCGGCUGCCUCCAUUGUCUCAGCUAGCUUUGCAUCGAUUGCGUCAAUCGCCUCAGUCGCAUCAGCGCUCGAUGCUACUUUAGUUUCGGUUGCCUCGGCUGCUUCGGCCGCCUCUGCCUCAAUUGCGUCUCUUGUUUCCGCCACUUCAACUGUGUCGGCGUCCUUUGCUACCCUCGCUACCGCGUCUUCUGCUUCUAUUGCAUCCACUGCAAGCGCAUCAUUGGCAUCGGUUGCUUCUGACGCUUCCGCUAGUUCGGCAUCCUUUGCUUCUAUCGUGUCAGCAUCUUCAGCGUCAAUUGCAUCUGUUGCAAGCGCGUCAUCUGCAUCUAUUGCUUCCGAUGUUUCCGCUACCUCGGCGCUCUCGGCUUCUGUUGCGUCAACCGCAUCGGCUUCUGCUGCAUCUGUCGCAUCCUCCAUUGCGCAGCUCCGCGCCAGCUCCCAAUCCUCAUCUCCAGUGGCUGCCAUCGCUGCUGCAGUUGUGUCUGUUGCCGUUGUUGCGAUCAUUGCAGUGGUGUUCAUCGUGCUGCGCCGUCGUCGAUCGCAACGCCGUUCUUCAGGCAUGCGACCGAAGGACUCUGCAAAGGACUCUGCCGGUGGUCCGAUCUACCAGGAGGCUGUUGAGAUGACCAUCUCCCCUCUUCCCCGUGUGACUCAAUCUCACAAAGAGGACGACAGCUCAGUUUACGACGUGGUCGGCCAAAAGCAGCCAGAAUCCCUGUACCAAGCCAUCGCGACUGACGCGGUCUACGACGAUGCCAGCGUCUACGACGAUGCCAGCGUCUACGCCUCUGGCAGCAACUCUCGACGCAUUCGUGAUGGCUUGACGAUUGUAAAGCACCUUGCCAGCGGGAACUUUGGCGACGUGGCACUGGGUCAGGUGCCUUUCAACGUGUUGCCCCCAAGAGCUCAAACCUUGCUCGGACCAACGGCGUCCAAAACUGUGCAAGUGGCAGUCAAGUCGCUCAAGUCCAACGCAGACGAGAAAUCCCGCAAGGACUUUGAAGGCGAGGCGAAGUUGAUGGCGCCGUUUGUGCAUCCGAAUGUCGUGCGGUUGCUUGCGGCUCUGGUCGAGUCCGAGCCCCAUCUCGUUCUGCUCGAGUUUGUGCAGUACGGCGACUUGCGUACACUGCUGCAAAAGUCCAAAGUCCACUCGCUUUGGUGGACACCGAACGAGCAGGUGCAUGCCAUUCGCCAGAUUGCACUUGGCAUGGAGUAUCUGGGCACGCUCCACUUUGUGCACCGUGAUCUCGCCGCGCGCAACUGCCUUGUUGGCAAAGGAAUGGUGGUCAAGAUUGCCGAUUUCGGGCUUUCUCGCGAGAUGGCCUCCGAGAACGAUUACUAUCGCAUCCAGACGCGUGGCAAGCUUCCCGUGAAGUGGAUGGCACCGGAAACGCUGACUUUCCGAAAGUUCUCGUCCAUGUCCGAUGUGUGGUCGUUUGGCGUCACAGCCUGGGAAUGCUCCAGUUACGGUGCAAAACCGUACGGCGACAUGGACGGACGCGAGACUCUGGCUCAUGUCGAAGCUGGCGGUCGACUGCCGAUGCCACAGACCUGCAUGCCCGAGCUCUACAAUGUGAUGAUGAGCUGUUGGGACCUUUCGCCCGAGAACCGUCCGACCUUUGCUCAGCUUGUCCGAACCCUGACAGCGCUCCAAGAUGGGACGACCGUUCGUGAAAUCGGUGCCAUGCUGUGA